UCACGUGUCUAUUAGCGCAGUUUAGUUCCGUUAUAUUAUUGCGCGUAUAUAUAAUUGACUAUACACUACACGAAAAAAUGAGACAUUUUCUACUUGUGAUGUUAACUCUGUUGAUGACAGCUACGAGUUUCGGCAAAUUGCUUCUAGAGUAUCAGUGGAAAUACCUUGAUCUUCUUUGGGACAGUCCGCAGCAGAAAAAAGACGCGAUAGCCAGCGGUAGAUACAAUGCUAGCGCAGCAUUUUUCUACGAUGUAGAUAAAGCACUUGAUGGUAGAGUAUUUAUUACUGCGGUGAGAGACAAGGGUAUACCAGUUAGUGUGCUGACGGUAACUGAGAAGCAGGGAGAGGGCGGCCCACUUCUGCGUCCAUAUCCAGACUGGUCUUGGUAUAAAGACGAUUGCAAGGGUAUUACAGGCGGUGUUUAUCAAUUAGAAAUUAAAUGCAAUCAUAUGUUCUUUGUGGAUGAUGGCAGAAUUGGAGACGACCAAGUAUGCUCACCGCAGCUAAUGAUCUUCGAUUUAUCAACUGAUAAAUUGGUUAAACGCAUUACCAUCCCGAUCGACAUCGCCCAUAAUAAAACUGGCACUGGAUUGUUAUCGUCCGUUGCUGUUUUUGCCCCGCAUUGCAGAAAUGUGAAGAAUAAUGCGAUUGUAUUUAUGGCAGAUGUGGAAGGUGCUGGUUUAAUAGUACAUAACGGACGCACAUCAAAGCUAUGCAGAGUCGAAUCGGAUUACAUGAAACCGACUGAACCUGAUUUCGUUUUAGCAAACAAGCGUUACAGUUUCGGCGACACUAUCUACGGCCUGACACUCAUUGGUAGAGACUUGUAUUAUGCUGCUUUGGCGGGAAGUAAAAUAUAUAAGACAGCAAUUUCGAACCUAAUAGAAUGUUCAAAAAAGGAUAUUAAUGAAGCUAACAGAGAAACUCAUUUGGCGGGUGCAUUAGGAGGUCAGACGGCAAUGAUAGCAUCUGACAGAUGUGUAUUGUUUUUCAGCGACAUUACAAAAACGUCUCUGAUGUGUGCGGACGGUACUAAGGAAAUUACCUCCAAAAACAAGGAACUCAUUGUGUCUGACCCAAAACAAUUGGAGUUUCCAAGCGGGUUGAAGAUUAGAAAUGGCGAAUUAUUGGUCAUGUCAAAUAGAUAUCAAUUACAUGUGAUCAAUGCAUUAGAUAUAAACGAGGUGAACUUCCGUGUUCUCUCAAUGCCCAUUACGGAAGUAGAAAGGGAUACAAAGUGUUAUUCUUCCUGCAAUUACUAA